AAAUCCAACUCUCUUUUCCGGUUAAACUUAGCUUGGUAAGGUUGUUCAAAAAUGACGAAGAAACGCCGCAAUGGAGGACGCUGCAAGCAUAACCGUGGCCACGUAAAGCCUGUGAGAUGUACAAACUGUGCGCGUUGUGUACCAAAAGAUAAAGCCAUUAAGAAAUUUGUUAUUCGAAACAUUGUAGAGGCGGCUGCAGUAAGAGAUAUAUCGGAAGCAUCUAUCUGGGAGACAUAUGUUCUCCCCAAGUUGUACGCCAAAUUGCAUUACUGUGUGUCGUGUGCAAUCCAUUCGAAAGUGGUCCGCAACAGAUCAAAGGAAGCUCGGCGUAUAAGAACUCCACCAGUGAGGACAUUCCCUAAGGAUAUGCAGCGCCAAAACAAUCAAAAUAGAAAGUGAAGUGUUAAGUCAUAAGAGCUUAAAUAAAAUAUCUUCUUAACAA